AUGUACAGGAUACGUACCGGCAAUCUAGUGCAAAGGUUGAAUCUGGCAAGAAAUUAUACUCAAAAAAGUACGAAACAAACUAGAAGGACCGGACUGAAAAUUCUCUUGUACUUUUCGAUACCGUACACCGGCUAUGCAUUAUAUGUAUUCGGCAGCACAAACUAUGAAAUUACGAGAAGAGAGCGGCAGCUUGCCGACAAAGAUGAUCUAGAAUUCAAGAGCACUCUUGUGAAAUACUCUCCGUUCCAGGUUUUGGGACGGUUCGAAAACCCUUUCAAUGAAUACAGAAUUCAAACUGUAUUUGAGUUCUUUUUCAAUCGAGUCGUUGAAGUGUUCCAAAGAAAUAGAGGUGGUCUACCGAGAUCGAAAGAGCAAAUGGACGAGUUGAUGCCUAUUCAUAAACCGACAUGGGUAACCAAGGGAGUUUUGGAUAACUCUCAUAAUGAAAUUGAAGUCGAGAUUAAACCAUUUUCUUCAGACGAAAAAGAAGUGAACACCGAACCUGUCAAACGGUUAUAUUGCACAUGGCUAGGUCAAUCAUGCAGCGUGAUUAUAUUGGAUAAAUUGAAGAUACUUACGGAUCCAAUGUUUUCGAAACAUUUAAUACAUCCCACCUUUGGCCCACAACGAAUCACUGAUAUGCCAGCGAAAAUCGAAGAUGUACCGACGCCAGACUUGAUUUUGGUUUCUCACAACCAUCCAGAUCAUUUAGACGAAAAAAGUCUUAAAUUUUGGGGUGAUGAUCAUCCACAGAAACCAAUGUGGAUUGUUCCAAAAGGAUUAGCUUCUUAUAUGAUAAUGAACAAUGUUUCCAAUUUCACGGAGUUGUCAUGGUGGGAAACUUGCCAUGUGAAGAUAAAAGGUGCGCAAGAAGAUACCAUUUACCAAAUAUCCUCCACGCCGGCAAUGCAUUGGUCAGGAAGAUCUGUGUUAGAUGCGAAUAGGUCAUUAUGGUGUUCGUUCAUAGUACAUAAGGGUAACAAACCGGUGUUAUUCCAUGCGGGAGACACUGGUUUUGUGCAUGAUUUAUACAAAAGAAUCGUUAAAAAAUAUGGGAGCGGCGUACGGCUAGCUUUGCUCCCCUGUGGUCAAUAUUGCCCCGAAUGGCAUCAAAGGCCUCGACAUAUAAACCCAGCAGAAGUCAUCAAGAUCAUGAAUGAUUUGGAUGCGCAAACUGCUCUUGGUAUCCACUGGGGAACAUUUCUUCUGAGUGGGGAGUACUUUAGAGAACCUAAAGAGAAACUAGAGUUCUUAUCUGAGUUUAACGAAUUAAAAGAUAGAUGCUUUUGUCCCGAGUUGGGUGAGACUUUAGAUUUCUCAAAUAAUGUAGAAUAA